CUUUAAUUCUCCAUAUAUAGCACCACCAAAAAGCUAAAUACUACACAGAAAAAGAAGAAGAAGGAAUAGUUUUAAAUUAAUAUUAUUUUUGUGUGUAUGUUAAUUGGAUCCAAUGGGAAGAUCACCGUGUUGUGAAAAAGCACAUACAAAUAAAGGAGCUUGGACUAAAGAAGAAGAUGAACGACUUAUUUCUUAUAUUACAACUCACGGCGAAGGUUGCUGGAGAUCGCUUCCCAAAGCUGCCGGACUUCUCCGCUGCGGUAAAAGUUGCCGUCUCCGGUGGAUUAAUUACUUGAGGCCUGAUCUUAAACGCGGUAACUUUGCUGAGGAAGAAGAUGAACUCAUUAUCAAACUCCAUAGCCUUCUUGGUAACAAAUGGUCACUUAUAGCGGGAAGGUUACCGGGAAGAACAGAUAACGAGAUAAAAAAUUACUGGAAUACACAUAUAAGAAGGAAGCUUUUGAGUCGGGGCAUUGAUCCUACGACGCACAGGCCGGUUAACGAGUCCAGUACCACACAAAAAGUGACAACAAUUUCAUUUGCAGGUGAUCAUAAAACUAAAGAUAUUGGAGAAGAUCAUAAUAAGAUGAUAAAUGUCAAAGCUGAAUCUGGGCUUAGUCAAUUAGAAGAUGAAAUUAGUAACAGCCCAUUUCGAGAACAGUGCCCUGAUUUAAAUCUUGAGCUCAGAAUUAGCCCUCCUUCUCUGCAAAAUUACCAACAGAGCCACCAACAUAGCCCCUCAAGGUGUUUUGCAUGCAGUUUGGGUAUACAGAAUAGUAAAGAUUGCAAUUGCAGUAAAAUUAAUAAUAAUAAUAUGGGUAAUAUUGCAAGUUAUAAUUUUCUAGGGUUAAAGACUAAUGGUAUUUUGGACUAUAGAACUUUGGAAACUAAGUGAAUUUUUAUUAUAAAUCUUUUUUUUUUCAAGAGAGAAUUAAGAAAGAGAUCGCUAUUAGUUUAAGUUCUUUCGAAUUUUCUCUUAUUUGUAAAAUUCAAAGUAUUACUAUCAUAUUAUUAUAGUGUACCUUAUGAAAUUUAUGUCAUUUUGCUGGUACGA